AUCGGAACGAAACUAAAAAUGAAGUAAAAAGCAAAAUUGAAAAGAAAACGAUAGUAACGAGAGGGAUGUUGGUGAAAACUUGGAAUAGAUCUACAGUAUUGACCACCUUUUGUCUGCUUUCUUGACUUCCAUCCUCUCCAUACACCAGCAGUCAGUCAGUCAUUAUAGCUAAUCUUCUGUUAGCAGUUGAAAAUGUCUGUUAGCUGAAGCUUUGAUCAAUGCUAGUGAAUGUAGAUUAGAGGGUUUUUGGUUAGAAUUUAGAAAUCAUGAGGAGAACAUUGUCCCCCGUGCCUAGACCAGGGACUUCAUUAGGAGGAGGAGGAGAAUCAACUUCAGUUGCAGUUGCAAUUGGUUCUCCACUCUCCAAGUGCAAUCAUGACCCUUCUUCAUCUUUUGCAUCAACACAAUACGGUUUCUUCGUGCUAAAUCUUUUCCCCAAAACUAGUUCCAGAUCUUUAGAGAAGCAAAAGCCCAAAGGGAAUGCUUGGAGGAGGCCAUUUUUCCAUUUCUUUUUAUGUUUUCUUGUUGGGGUUUUUCUUGGAUUUACGCCUAUUGUUUCAUUAACAACGUCCACCUAUGUCCACUCCAGAAGCCAAGCGUUUUCGUUUCAGCAACUUGGGAAGGUUCAGUUGUAUGAUGUUGUUAAUCAUGUCAUGUCUGCAAACAUGUUGAAGAAUGAUUCUGUGAAGCAAGAAAGCCAGACGCUUGAGACGGGUUUUGGAAAGUUUUUGAUAAUUGUGACCACUACCCCGACGAGGGGGUAUUACCUUCAUCGUUUGGCGCAUACGUUGAAGACGGUAGAGCCGCCUUUGUUGUGGGUGGUUGUGGAAAUGACGAGGCAGUCAAGGGAAACGUCUGAAAUUUUGAGGAAAAGUGGUGUUAUGUAUAGGCAUCUUGUAUGCACAAAGAACGCAACAGAGGUUAAAGAUCCGAGGGUCCACCAGAGGAAUGUGGCUCUUUCUCAUAUUGAAACACACCGGCUUGAUGGCAUCGUCUACUUUGCAGAUGAUACUAAUAUCUACUCCACUCAACUUUUCCAACAUUUGAGGCAGAUCAGGCGUUUCGGUACUUGGCAAGUAGCCAAACUAAAGAAGAGCACACGGGUAGCUGCUACUUUUGUGGGACCUAUCUGUAACGGGACGCAAGUGAUUGGAUGGCAUACAACUAAUGUCAUGAGAAGAUAUCACGCAGAGUUAUCAGGCUUUGCUUUCAACAGCACUAUCCUUUGGGAUCCAAAACAAUGGCACCGCCCUUCGACUCAACGUAUCCGGCACCUUGAUACUGUCAAGGACUUGUUCCAAGCAAGCGCGUUCAUUGAACAAGUUGUGGAGGGCGAGACAGAAAUGGAAGGGAUACCAGAGGAGUGCUCAGAGGUAUUAGUUUGGUAUGUUCCUAUGGAAAUCGAUCAACUAUCCUCAUCCAACGCUACUAUUCUUGAUCCCCUUUCAAUAUCAAUGUGAUGCCACAGCCCGGCUUCUUUUCUAAGGGAAUUCGGAUUUAGUGGAGUGUUGCUCUAGAUGUAUAGAAACAUCAUCAUUGUCUGUAUCCUAGACGUAAAUAUUUGAUUUUGUUUUGUUUUGUUUUGUUUUGUUGUUAAGGUUAUGUAAGAUUUGAGGCUUGUACAGUUGCUGCUGUUUUUUUGUUUUGCAAAGAAGCGGUAGAAUGUUGUGUUUGGAAUGAUAGGAUUUGGUACAUACUGAAAAAAUACAUCUUUAGAGACCUGUGUAGUGCUCAAUACAGCCGCAUCUCAGAGACAACCCAGAAGUCUCUAAAUAGUAAACAGUGAAGACUUUGUCUUCUCAGCCAGCUGAAGAACGAUAAUCACUGUCACAACCAGGAGUAGGCAACUUGCUGAGAAUGCUCAAAACCAAUAUGCAUAAACUCGACCGACUCCUAUAGUUACAACAACCAAUAAAACACCAACUAGACAAAUGGAUUUGCCAAUGUAAACCAAUGAUCAUUCUCGAGGACAACGAUUUGUACAUUCCUUUGAGUGAGAUUGUUGUUUAAAUCGUCUGUCUAUAAGCGUAAAACUUCUAUUCUUGAUUUGGUACAUCACGCAUGUUUUGCUUUCUCAGUUAUAUGUUGUGUAAUAGUUUUGAUUA